UUUGGAGAAACGGACCUUUUGUUUAAAAUAGAAACUCUGAAUGAAGCCAAAUUAACACAAGACAAAUUACUUUAGUAUCCAGUUCUCCCGGAAGAGGGGGGUGGGGCAGUCCCUUCAUUUCUGAAGUGCAAAGGGGAUUUGCUGAUACCAAAAUUCACAUUUUCUUUUCGGUGAAAUUCUCCAGCCAAGCUUGGCACCAACGGAGUAGGCGAUAGGCAACUUCACUUCAUCACCACUUCACAAAAGACUUGACAAAUUCACUGCGGCAGACACGGAAAAAUAAAAAUGUUAAAGACAUCCUGACUGGGAGGGGACUGAAGCCUCCAAGGCUCAAUCAAAGGUUUGCAAUAAUAGGAUUCAAAAAAAAAAAAGACAGAUGGGAUUAGAAAAUGUUGCAGUGAAGACCGAAAUGAGAUGAGAUCACAGCACCAGCCUGUCUUUUGUGGACCUGCACAAUGAUCCUCGAGCCAGACUGGAUUAGAAAACCUCUCAACGAGGGGUUCUGAGAGAGGCCGCCGUUCCUAAACACUCUGGGGGAGCAGGCUGAAACAAUGCAUCAGAUUUACAGCUGCAGUGAUGAAAAUAUAGAAGUGUUCACCACCGUGAUUCCUUCCCAGGUAUCCAGUCCAACCAGAAGAAGAGUCAAAAGCUCUCAACACCUCUUGACCAAGAAUGUGGUGAUCGAAUCUGAGCUCUAUGCAUCCCGACCCCUGGAGCUGCUGCCUCACCGAAAGGAUCGCAGCGAUGGUGAAGGUCGCAGGUCCGGCAGGCUCCAAAACGCGCGGCAUCAGGGUCCUCACCAGGCGAAAGCCACCACCAGAUCUGUGGGGCUUUCUGAACCCAAGUCAUCAAAUCUGUGUGGGAAUAGAGCAUAUGGGAAAUCUUUGAUUCCACCGGUGGCCCGGAUCUCAGUGAAAACCCCCACUGUCGUGGAGGUCGCAGCCGUGGGAUCAGAGAAAGGAGCUGUCCUGUCCAGAGGAUCCAGGCAUCUCAAAAAGAUAACUGAAGACUAUCCUGCACUUCCUCAAGGAGCAGAAGCUUCCUUACCACUGACAGGAAGUGCUUCCUGUGGGAUGCCCAACAUCCUCCGGAAAAUGUGGACAAGACACAAGAAGAAGUCAGAAUACGUGGGGGCCACCAACAGCGCUUUUGAAGCUGACUAGUGGUGACCGUUACCCAGU